AUGCCUUCCUACCGAUCCUCCCUCCGCCUUCAGCAACGGUACCGGCAAAGCCAGAAUCGGGCCCAAUCUGAGCCUCCUUCGGAUCCCCCGGCCCUUGAUCUGGAGGCCGAGGAUCUGGCCGAGGGGUUGCCGGCCACCCAGGCCACCGUCAUCACCCUCGGUACCUCUAUCCGGGCCUCCAGCAGCCCCGGCAUCGACAGCAACAACGACUUUGUUGAUCACUUCCAGUCGCCGGCCUCUUCCCCUAGGGACUCCCCGGCGCCUACCGACGGCUUUUCUGACUUGCCGGACUCCCAGCAGAGCCAGGAAACGUCAGAGGUCCCUUCCCAGGCCUCCCAGGAAGGCGGGAAGCGGAACGAUUGGUUUGUUGAUCAGCUCCUGGCCUUCCUCGAGAGCCUGGCGGAGUCCAGCCGCCUAGGGAAGAUGAAUCCGACGAUCGCCUCCUGGCUCUCCAAGUGCCUCAAAGUCGCGGCGGCAGACCUAUCGGCUCGUUGGCCCUCUAUCCGGUGGUCUAAUAGGGUCAAAAACAAGUACAACGGCCUCAAAAGCCAGUACCGGGACUGGGUUAACUUUGGGAAUAGGUCCGGAGUUUCCCUGGAUCCGGUGACGGGCUUAUACGUCGCCAGCGACCACGCCUGGGAGGCUUUUUUUGCCGUGCGGCCCAACGCUCGUUGGAUGCAGAAAAAGCCUCUUUUCCGGCCGGAUCUGCAGGAGGCCGUCUUUGCAGGCCGUUGGGCAACCGGGCAACAGAUCGCUACGGCCGCCCAACGCCUGGCAGAGGAAAGCGACGAGGAGGCCGAGGAACAUCGGCCGGCCAAGAGACGACGCGGGGGACGGGAGUCUGGCGGAUCCAGCCGCCUCACGUUAGCGGAGGCCCAGAUGCACGUCGGUGAUCGCCUCCUUGAGGCGGCACAGACGCUUGCCAGGGCCGGAUCAGGGCCUGAUUGGGGCUCUACCCCUUCCAGCAGAGGGUCCUCCCGGGCCUUCAGCCCGGCCCCGGCCUUCGGCUCGCCCUCUAGGUAUUACCUACGGGAGGAGAACUGGUGGCUCGCUACCAAAAGCCUGCAACAGGGCUACUUGAACGUAGAUAACGAUACAAAGCAGCAGUUGAUCCGGCUGUUCAGGACCGAGGCAUGGGUGGCCAAGUGGUGGCUCGUUUAGCCGUAGGACCA